CUCGCGACCACGAAGAAUUGCACUAAAAAUCAAACGCCCACCGCGUGGACGACGAGAGCACAAGGUGCCGAGAGCUCACCUUCGCUUCUCUCUAUGAUCCAUCACCAUGGGUGAACCUCCCAGCCACUGCCACGACAUUUUCCGGCGGCUGCCAUACGAGCUGCGCAUUGAGGUAGCCAGAUACCUUGUAGCAUGGAAGGAAUACGACAGCGUUUGGUCGCUCUUGGAAACAACAAGGUCUUGGUGGGACGUUCUCGCACCUUCUCUCCUGGCGAGCCGGGGAGCUGUCUUGGACGAGUCCUUACUGGGCGACAGGCUUUCGUCCAAUAUCGAGGAGCUGAAACACGCCAGAAAAUUUGUCUGGCGAGCGGAAACCCCGUGGGACAUGAGGGCAGAUUCAAUGAUGUGGCGCCUCCUCGACGAGCCGAAGCCGAGACCGCUGCCGCCCCCUUUCGAGCUGCUGUUUAUGGACCGACGAAAGCUCGUGAAGCUACAACCUUACACCUCCGGCGGUCAUGAUGGAACGCCAGAAGAUUGCAACAUUCCAUGCAACUUGUGUGUGCAAAAGAGAGAGCAUCCCGAGUGGCUCCCGUAUGCCUAUCCAUCGGACUUCUACUACCCAGAUGCCUUUUCGGCAACCUUGGACGAUUACAUCGAGAUCGGGAUUUACGCGGAUGAACCUGUAGACUGGGUCAUGAUGGAGGGACCAACAGGGAAAGGGCAGAUAUCCGGGAUCGAUUCGUGGGCCGAUUGCGAGAGAGAGCUCGUAGCGAUCAUCGAGCAGAUGCCCAACCUCGAAACAUUUGAGUGGGACUUUCAGGUCGCAUUGCCUUCGCAACCCAUCGUGGAUGCCUUAGUGGUGCGGAAGCCAAAGAGCCUGCGCAUGUUUCAUGCGCCUGACAUCAGUUCACGUUCCGACGUGACAGAAGCUCUGUCCCUUCUAAGGGGCGUCGAGUGUUUGUCCCUCGAAUUCUACGAAGUGGAAGGCGACGAGGAUCUUCUCACGGAAACUGCGAGACAGCUUUUCGAUGCUCUUUGCACGUCCGGCAAGGUCAAGCACCUGUGUUUGAAGAUUGAGUCAGUUGACGAUCGCGGCUACGCAGCAUUUAUUUCGCUUGCUGCACGACUACACAGCGUAGAUGGUUACGUAGCUUCCCGGCGCGAGACAGAAGCCGAAAAGCGAAAGAGGACACUCGUACGCGAAAACUAUACAGAGAUUCAGAAGGCGCUGUGUGCCCUAAGACCUCUCCUCAGACAAAAUUGGCUUGGCAAGAAUGGUUCAGGCGAUCUGACAGGCGACGAUGUGGCUCAGGUCUUCAAGAGACACGAUGUUCUGCACCCGCUAGUUCACCUCGUUGACUUCAACACGGACACAGAGUUGGCUCAAAAGACAGCGGACGUUUGGAACGCGCAGACUGACAAGGGACCGAACGAGCCUGGUUGGCCAAAAGGAGAGGUGUUCGCGCUCUCGUCCGACCUCCAUUGGUCCGACUUUCCCCCAUUUGCACCAGAGACUUAGGUUGUCCAUGCCGUCUAAACUUCUCUGCCCUAUGAUUGCAACGCAGCUCAGAGCGUUACACAGGCAUGACAAUGCGGGAGAUGGUAUUCGCCAUUCACCAUAUACAGUCACUUUCGUCUGAAGCAAGUUUUGCCCUGUGCGAAGGAAGUUGUGAAAUGAGGUGACGGUGUAGUUUCUACCGUAGAGAAAGCACCGUGGAGCAUCAACAAUGGAAAGAAACCGUGGGACGAAGCCGGCAGAAAUGUCGAAUUCCCAAUUGUGCGAAGGUCGAUGACGCUUUCUGUGCGAGUUGCCGUGUACGGAGCGACCGUGAAGGGGCUGUGACCAUAACCACCGUCCAGAUGCACACGCCCUCGUCAAGGUGGAGACGAGAUUAUCGCAGAAUUUGACUUCCGGCAGCCACACCCGAGAGUCCUGCCCCAAAUAAGGGAAACCAGAUACACACUCGACAUUGCGCA